AUGCCUGACUCGAACACCAUCAGCCUUCUGAUUCCUCCCGAGCCUUCAUCAAAACCCCAGAAUCUACAAACCCAGAUCCGGCAGAUCAUUGCACAGAGAGGUCAUUUUCGCCACAUCACCGAGCGCUCUCUUCUUGCUGAGAUCCAGGGGAAAGCUGGGGCGCCAGAUGCCGUCCAAGCUGGCCCGGAAGAGGAACCUCAAGUAGAAGAGGAUGAUUCUCCUCAAAAGCGCCAGGAGCGCCUAUGGAAGCGCAGAGAAGAGAUGCUGGAGCGCCUAAAUUACGCACAAAACGAAGUCCUCUGCGCCUUGGACUUUGUGUCAUUCCUGAUUUCUCGGCAGUCAGUCCCCGCCCAGCAUUCCAUGUCGCCUGCCCUCCGAGAGGCUGUCCCAGUUGGCACGUUGGCGUCACGAGUCCUCAAAGACAGACCGAUCCCUCCUCCGACGAGACGACGCCUGGCCUCUGUUUCUCAGGGUUGGCGAUCGGAGGGCUUCCGAUCGGCCUCAGAGAAGCUAGGUGCAGCUUCUGCUCGCCUUCAGACGGAGGCAGAGCGCGAGUCAGAGUUCUGGCACCAAAUCGCUAAUCUCAAUACCAAAGGAUGGUCGGUUUCGCGACUACCACGAGACCGCAGAGCCAUUGGUGUUCAUUUCGGGUUUGCCGAGUCUGCCCAGCAAUUCCGUGACCGGGGCUUCGCUCUUCUUCGCCAGGCUGCUGAUGGCUCCGUCGUGCUGGAUCGACAGAUCGGACUUAGGAAACGCAAACGGCUUGGCGUCUAUGUAGUCCGGAACGGCAUCAAAACAGGCUUUUUUGACUUCCAGACUCAUAGCCCGGCCGAGACGACAGAUCUCAACCAACAGCUCAACGACUACCGCAAUGCGAUUUUCGAAGAAGAAUUGUUCUACGAGAUAUGCCGCGAAUCGCGUCUUGUGGCUAACCAAGGCAUUACUACGCGUUCGCAGAGCGUCGAGAUAGACGUCUCUGGCAAGUACCAGCUGUCGCUCGUGUCCUCAACAGAAAAGGAAGAUGUGACGUCCGCCAAUGAUGGAGACAACCUGAUAGCGCAGUUUGUGGCUGUAUCUCUGCGUUUGCUGUUAAAUGCCGCCCAUGAGCAGAAUCUCAUCAGGAGGUCGCAAAAACCGCCUCCGAUGACCCUCAAACCACGACCGACCCCCGAGUACGCCCUGCUCCGACCUGUUUUGGCACAUUUACGGCACCGGGCUGAAGCAGGAGCCUUUUGGGAUAACUGCAGAGCGUUGCUGGGCGCCUUCAAGCGAGCAAGCCUGCCAAUCACCGUGGCAUUGGAAGCUUCAAACGCCGCGGUGUUCCAGUCUUUGAAGAUCGAGGCGCCUGACACCAUUCUUUCAGAGUUGAUGAUACCUGUGAAGACCUGCUUCAAAAUAACUCUGAUCGCGGAGCGGAGCCUGCAAAUCGGGCUAGCCACGUUCCUUGGGCCUCCUUUGUUUGGUUCUCGCUACGAGAUAUCGUCAAUUGACUUUGGAUUUGCAAAUGUUCCAGCGUCACGUCACGAGACUCGCGACGAGGCCUUGUCAUUUGUUAGACGCAUGCUGAUACUGGACCUCGUUGCGCAUUCUGAGGCGUUGGCGCUGGCGAAGCAAUCCGAGACACGUUCAGAGACAGGCAAGAGCAAACAAAUAGGGUGGUCAGUGUCACAGCCGCACAACGGCGAGUUGACCCUGUAUGAUGCCCAGGAAGCGAUCGAGAAGCUGCAGAUUGCGGUGCAACCAGAAUCUAUAGGCGUUCGAUUGAGUCCGCCGGGAAAAAGAAGUGGUUUUCAGAAGGUGGUGUGGUCCUGGACAUCUACCGCAUGUUCUAGGACAGAGGGAGCUGUAGUGACGGCGGAGGCGGAUACCACGUUCGACGCAGCUAUAAAGGAGGCGAUAAAGAGCAGUCAUAGAAGCGGUGUCUAG